AUGUUGAAUGUAUCGCCUUGGAAAGGAGUUGUGAGGUUUAGAAAAGGGGGAAAGCCGAGCCCACGUUAUAUAGGUCCUUUCGAAAUCGAUUUUCGAGUUGGAUCAGUCGCGUAUAGACUUAAGCUACCGCAGGAAUUAAGUGGAGUACAUGGCAUGUUUCAUAUCUCCAAUUUGAAGAAGUGUCUGUCUGAUGAGACGCUGAUUAUACACCCUGGUGAGGUUCGAGUGGAUGAUAAACUGAGAUUUAUCGAAGAACCAGUAGAGGUUCUGGAUUGGAAAAUUCAGAAACUUAGGAGGAGUAGGAUUAAGUUGGUCAAGGUUCGCUGGGAUUCUAAAUGUGGACCCGAGUUCACAUGGGAACGACAAGACCAGAUGCAAUGGAAAUAUCCACAUCUCUUCCCACCUAGUGCGAAAACUAAACCUGUAGGGUAG